UACAGUUCGUAAAGUUCUCGAGUGAGAGGGCAGCGAAGGUUCCGGGGUGAGAUUGUCCCCAAGACUUCCAAUUCGCUUUUACUCUCGGGUGAAGUGGUUAAAGCGGAAUGGUGGAGACUGUAGUGAAAAAAUUUAACUAAAUAUUUGGGAGCGAUUUCACUCUGCGUAAGACAUCUCAAGACUUGUAGUUCCACUCCGGGGAACGGACUCGCCGGGACUGACAGCUGCCGGAAGUGAGGCUGCGCGGAAUGGCCGCCGCUGCGACCAUGGCCGCAGCCGCCCGGGAGCUGGUAUUGCGAGCUGGGGCCUCGGAUAUGGAAGAGGAGGAGGGCCCGCUGGGGGGUGGUCCUUGUCUUCAGGAACCAUUGCAACUUGGAGAGUUGGACAUCACCUCUGAUGAAUUCAUCCUGGAUGAAGUAGAUGUUCACAUUCAGGCAAAUCUGGAGGAUGAAUUAGUAAAGGAAGCUCUUAAAACGGGUGUGGAUCUCCGUCACUAUUCAAAGCAGGUUGAACUGGAGCUACAACAGAUUGAACAGAAGUCCAUUCGGGAUUAUAUCCAAGAGAGUGAGAACAUAGCAUCUCUGCACAACCAGAUCACAGCCUGCGAUGCUGUUCUAGAGCGCAUGGAACAGAUGUUGGGGGCUUUUCAGAGUGACCUCAGUUCCAUCAGCUCGGAGAUCCGGACACUGCAGGAGCAGUCUGGAGCCAUGAACAUUCGACUUCGGAACCGCCAGGCAGUUCGUGGGAAACUUGGGGAGCUUGUUGAUGGCCUGGUAGUGCCCUCUGUGCUGGUCACGGCAAUUCUGGAAGCACCAGUGACAGAGCCCAGGUUCCUGGAACAGCUGCAGGAGCUCGAUGCCAAGGCAGCUGCGGUUCGAGAGCAGGAAUCUAGAGGCACAGCAGCCUGCGCUGACGUCAGAGGCGUGCUUGACAGGCUCCGGGUCAAGGCAGUGACGAAGAUCCGCGAGUUCAUCCUUCAGAAGAUUUAUUCCUUCAGAAAACCAAUGACCAACUAUCAGAUCCCCCAGACGGCUCUGCUGAAGUACAGGUUCUUCUAUCAAUUCCUGCUGGGCAAUGAACGAGCAACAGCGAAGGAGAUCAGGGAUGAAUAUGUGGAGACACUGAGCAAGAUCUACCUGUCUUACUACCGCUCUUACUUGGGGCGCCUCAUGAAGGUCCAGUACGAGGAAGUUGCUGAGAAGGAUGACCUAAUGGGUGUGGAAGAUACAGCAAAGAAAGGGUUCUUCUCGAAGCCAUCCCUCCGCAGCAGGAACACUAUCUUCACCCUGGGUACCCGGGGCUCUGUCAUCUCCCCCACGGAACUGGAGGCCCCCAUCCUGGUGCCCCACACCGCCCAGCGGGGAGAACAGAGGUACCCAUUUGAGGCGCUCUUCCGCAGCCAGCACUACGCCCUCCUAGACAACUCCUGCCGUGAAUAUCUUUUCAUCUGUGAAUUCUUUAUUGUGUCUGGCCCAGCUGCUCACGACCUCUUCCAUGCUGUCAUGGGCCGCACACUCAGCAUGACGCUGAAACAUCUGGAGUCCUAUCUCGCAGACUGUUACGAUGCCAUUGCUGUUUUUCUGUGUAUCCACAUCGUCCUCCGAUUCCGCAACAUUGCAGCAAAGAGGGAUGUUCCUGCCCUGGACAGGUACUGGGAACAGGUGCUUGCUUUGCUGUGGCCACGGUUUGAACUUAUCCUGGAGAUGAAUGUCCAGAGUGUCCGAAGCACUGACCCUCAGCGCCUUGGGGGACUGGAUACUCGGCCCCACUAUAUCACGCGCCGAUAUGCAGAGUUCUCCUCUGCCCUGGUGAGCAUCAAUCAGACAAUUCCCAAUGAGCGAGCGAUGCAGCUUCUGGGACAACUACAGGUGGAAGUGGAGAACUUUGUCCUCCGUGUGGCAGCUGAGUUCUCCUCAAGGAAGGAGCAGCUUGUGUUUCUGAUCAACAACUAUGACAUGAUGCUGGGUGUGCUGAUGGAGCGGGCUGCAGAUGACAGCAAAGAGGUUGAGAGUUUCCAGCAGCUGCUCAAUGCUCGGACACAGGAAUUCAUUGAAGAAUUGCUGUCUCCUCCUUUUGGGGGCCUGGUCACAUUUGUGAAAGAGGCUGAGGCAUUGAUUGAGCGUGGACAGGCUGAGCAACUUCGAGGGGAAGAAGCCCGGGUUACUCAGUUGAUCCGUGGGUUUGGUAGUUCCUGGAAAUCAUCGGUGGAGUCUCUGAGUCAGGAUGUAAUGCGGAGCUUCACCAACUUCAGAAAUGGAACCAGUAUCAUCCAGGGAGCAUUGACCCAGCUGAUCCAGCUCUAUCAUCGCUUCCACCGGGUACUGUCUCAGCCCCAGCUGCGAGCCCUCCCUGCGCGGGCCGAGCUCAUCAACAUUCACCACCUUAUGGUGGAGCUCAAGAAGCACAAGCCCAACUUCUGAUGUGCUGGACCUGGGAUCCACCAUGGACUUUUGUACUCCAUUCCAUAACCUCCUUACCUGGGGUCUCCCUUCGAGUUCUCACCUUGCCUCCCAGGUCCUUGACACGCCUCAGCCUGCUUUCAUCCUCGGGAUCCUGCCUCAUUAGGACAUCUUGGAUCUCUUGGCUGUCUGAAUCUCCCAGAGUCUUCAGGUUCCCCAGAACUACUUCCCCCUGGAAUUCCAAAAUGACCUUUAUUAUUUUCCUAAUUUUUUUCAACCCCUCUUCCCUCUACCUCCUAUUCCUCAUACCCUCAAGGCUGUUUUCUUUCCCCAGUAAAACCUUUACUUCCUCCACCUCUUGUUCCCUCAACUCUUGUCUCCAUGUCCUAUGCUGUGAAGCCUCAACUUAUGGAAUUGGUGGCAAGGGGAGAUUGCCUUGUGGAUGUUGAGUUUGUUUAUUUUCACUCAGUGGAUUUCCUUUCUGUAGCUUAUUGACCUAAGAUCUCAGCAAUGUGAACACUAACCAAUCCCCGCCUGGUUUGAGAGUUACUCCAAGGUCAGUCUGCAGAGAACAAUAAAUAUUUAAUAUGACAUAACACU